AUGGCAUUAGAUCUGGAUAUUCCCGACACUAUUAAUUAUAUGCGCGUCGAAGGAGAAUACAUCGCAAAACGACUGAAAUUGGACGUUCCUCCAAUUCAGCUACCACAUUGUGGACGUUUGUCCAAUGAUCAACACUUUUUGGCUACUUCGUCAGAUCAAAGUCAAUAUCGACUCUUCCUCACCCAACGUGACUAUAUUGCAUUCCUGCUGAAUCAUUACUUCAGCGAGAAGAACAUUGAACACGACCCGUAUAUAAGGCUCCAUUUGCAAAAGUACAAGGGAGUGGAAAUGGAGAGAGUGCGGAAUUUUCCUUGGUUGGCGCAAAUAAGUUUUCCACCUGACGAAAUUAUCCAUGCCAUCAACGCAAAGUUGCCCCACCUGAAAACAUUCAAAAAUGAAUCCAAUGUGACCUUUAUCAGUCGAAAGGAAGAAUGUAAGUAUACGAAGAUUGACAGAUUUAGCUCUACUUGA